GAUGAACAGUCCGUUGAGCUCUGUGAGGGAAAAUCCAGCGUCCCGCGUCCUAAAACCGGUUUAUCUGGGAGAAACUUCAAGCUUCUUGGGUUUGGGGUGUCUUCAGUCUGGAUGGAUACCUGUCUUACUGGGAAAUCAGGAGGGUCAAGUUAGGUUUCAAGUGAGGAAACUGGCCGCUGGUGUUUAAGGGUCAAACAAUAGAUUCUCACUUGAGACGUGUGUGCUUCUGGUCGGGGGUUCAGAAAGGACUCGCCUCUGAAUCUGGGUGUGGUAUGAAAUACCAGUCUUCUCUGGAAAUCUUAACGCACAUUAUUUAUACUCAUUAAUAUGAAGAAAAGGGCUCAAAUAGUGUUGUUUGUUUAGCUACGCGACAUUAGCAGUUCGUUUAUACAUGCGAUUUAAGCUUCAAAGCCGAUGUCAUUUUAACUUUGAAUAACAGUCACACGCUCAAGGGAGAUAGUGACGUUAUUACAACUACCAGCUAAACCAAUUGAUGGUUAUCGACACAAACUGAAUGCGAAAGGACGUUUCAAUUACAAAAGCUGCUUGUAGCAGCUUGCUAAGGAGUUAGCUAUGCUCGUUACCGGACGUAAACGACGCGUUUAAUUAAACACAUUCGUCACACUUGCCGCAUAAAAAUGCUCGCGAAAUGAUACAUUUAUGUGGUAGAAAGUUCCAACCGAAUAAAAGUUGUAUUUUUCGCCGUCCGUAGCCAGUUGCACAUUGCCCAUCUCGUGUGCGCCGCCAUCUUAAUUGUUUUGAAAAAGGAGGAAGGUGACGUGCCAAUGCUUCCAAAAGACGUCAUCUAUUUUAAAAUAACUUUGUCUCUAACGACAGAUUUGUGAGUUAAAUACAAGAAUAAGGUUACACGUUUUAAGGUUCGUCAUAGGUGUGUUUCCGAAACAAGUAUAUUUUUAUUUAAAGUAUGUCAUUGGAGCGACUGGGCUAAUGUCAGACAUUUUUUUUUACAUAAUUAUGCUCCCUUGUAGGCAAGCUAAGAUGAUGAAGCAGUCAAAUGUAAACGUUUCGGAAUAAUUCACAAUGUUUUGCCCCAUUGGAAAUGAUCAGAAUGUAUUCAGGCAGUGACAAUAUGAAUGUUUGGGGGGGGGGGGUGAUCUUUUGUCUCAAUUUACCCAAGGUUUGGGGUAAAUCGAGACAGAAUAGGGAAAUCAAGCGGGUAAACUAAAUCAGCCUACAGUAAACUGACCCACUUACUUUUUCCAUUUUAAAACGUCAUCGUUCAUCGAUGUAUGAUGGAAGUUUUUCUACCAGAAUUAGUUGCAAGAAAACAUUUGCAUCGGAAAAAAGUACUGCGAAAAAGCAGCGGUUUUCGUGAAUACCGCGGGGAUAGGUUCCCCCUAAAAUAAAUCUUCCAACUGGUGAAUCUGCGAAUGCUGAAAUGCAAAUAUGCGCGGGUCCACUGGCCAUGAAAAUAUUGAAUCACUCCGAACGGGGAAGUCUUCACUGUAGUAUUAAGUGUCAAAUAAAAAAAAUUCUUCAAAAAAAUUCUACAAAAUUCAAAUAAAAAUAAAUUCUUAAGCAACUACUGUGACAAAAUGUAGCGGCUAUACAAAAUAGGGAUGAUUUAACUGCAUUCCUUUGAAUGAUCACAGGGGGAAAAAAUGUACAAUAUAUACAUUUUAUUGGCCCUUCAAUGCAGUGAGGUCACGUCAAAACAAUGUUUCCACCUCCAUGCUUGACUGUGUGGAUGGAAUUCUUUGUGUCAUACACACAUUGGUGAAUGACUGUCCUGUAUACCAAAAAAAAAACUAUUUUUUUAAAAUUUUGAACAGAAAAAGCCUUUUCAAGGUGUCUUCAACAAACAUAAAAAAAAAAUAAUAAUCCACGAAUCUACUUUUUUUUCAUCAUGGAUUACCAUGACCUGGAUGCCUGCCAUCUAUACAGACAACGAACAUAACUAAAGAUAAUUGCUCCCAAGAACAUAACGAGACAUUGUCCUCAAGAACAAACAGGUCGUCCAACCCAUCAAGUUUGUUAUGUCACAAAGCGAGGCGUGACUUACAGGGAGGAGAUGAACACAUAUAUAGUGAAAAUGAACCGCAGAGAACACACUGCAACAUCUCGGACUUGAUAAGAAGCAUGUUGGUAUGAGGUUGGGAGCAAGAAUAUAUUAACAGAAGGAAAUAUUCACUCGAUAUUUUUUUCUUUCGUUUCCAAGACAUGUGGCUCUGGAUUUUCUUCCCUGUCGCUCUCUCACUGACAUCAUUCAUUGGAACGUGGGCAGUAUAUGGCUUAGCCUACUCCAACCAACAUGUGUGCUCGCUCACUGACUGGUGGGGGGAGAACUUCUGCACAGUCAAUCACACCAAGGACUGCUGCAGGGUUCCCACCAUUAGCACAAGCGGAGCCUACACCCCCGAGAAUUCACUUUUCACAGCGACCAUCAACGCCGGCUCCUUUCUGUUUUUCCUCUUCUGCAUAUUCCACCAUGCCCAUGUCAUGGAGAAAAACGCAUGUCAUGCCCCAAUGAGUAGGUUGGCGCUGUUCUUCGGCUUGGUGGCCUCUCUGGGAUCAUUUGCCGCCGGAAACUGCAACCCCAGUUACUUGACCCUGCUGCACCACGUGGGGGCUGGGGUGAGCUUCAUGUGCAUCUGCUGCUACACGGUCUUGCUCACCGCACUGACGGGUAGAUGUCUGCUGACGGGGUACGAGUAUUUUCUGUACCCCCUACGCAUCGUGUUCACAGUGCAACAGACCAUCCUCACCCUCUGCUAUGCUUUUUGCUUCGCCCACCAAGACUACUACAACGUUCACCUGUCGGCCGUAUUCGAGUGGAUCCUCAGUGCCAACCUGGAGCUUUUCGAGCUCAGCUACGUUGUGGAGUUCAGCUUCUUCUCCCCCUACAUGCUGUCAAAUCUGUACAGCCAUCGCGAAGAGGAGAGGCCCUUCAUGUUGGCCUGACAUGCCCACACUUUGACUUACAUGAAGGCUACCCGGGUCCAGCCGGAGAACGGGUAUGCCGGGACUAUGAAUAUGAUGUGAGGAUUUUCUGAUGACCGACUGUUGAUGACGAUAUUUAUUCAUGCCUGAGCUAUCAUUGUGAAGAUGACUCAUGACUGGGGUGUACAUUACAUUGAGUUGACGCUUUUAAUACCUCGGAUGCCAAAGAUAACAAAAAAUCCUGUAGCGCUGGAUUACUAGAAUGUUGCUCAUUGGUGGAUGUCGUCACACCCUGGCGAAUUGUGGAAAACAAACAGGAUGACAUUCACGUACUGAAACCAAACACCUUUUCAAGUUUAGGUGACAGGAAAUUGUUACGUACGUAGGUCCUCAUUCACUCAAUAUGAAGUAUACAGUUGUGCCUUGAGAGUGACCCGGGUUUUUCAAGAUACGAGCUGUCGUUUGGCCAAUAAAAUUUAAGAUACGAGCCCUCUAUGGUGGCAGUGAAUGCAACUUUGGUGUUUGGCGGUUGCGGAGCUAUUCUUAAAAAAAAAAAAAAGAGGCUUCAAGCUGUUUAAUGACACUCCAAGUUGCCUUAAAAUAUGUUAGUUUGAUGCUAACAUAUGCAAAACACCAUAGAUGGGCUACUCAAACUGGCACUGAUGUUGCAUAGUUAUAACCCUUUAAGCAAUAGAUAUUUGAACACAAAUGAUGGCGCAACAUGUGUUGACAGAUGAUAUAACAAUACCCACGGGCAUAUAGUCUUUAUCCUCUGAAAAGAACUAAUAUUACUGCAGGUUAUUGAGAAACUGAAGACCAUCUCCAUGUACAGUAUACUGUACCUACAUGUCUGUAUUAUACUGCCCCCCGGUGGCCAAGGCUUGGAGACCAGAAGGUGCAGCACAUACAUCGAAUUGAAGCAAAAAAAUGUGGCAACAAGUGUUUUAAUUUCUAUACAUUCUAUUUAAUUCAUUACUGUAAGUUUUUAUAAAGUACAAUAUCACAGUGAUUUUUCUAAAAACAAAAAACAAAAAAAAACAAACUACAAUUUAGGGGGGAAGCUGGAACAGAUUAUGGCAUUUCCAUUCAUUUCAAUGAGGAAAGAUGAUUUCAGUGUCUUUAGUUAUGAGCAUGGUUCUGAAACAAAUUACCUCAUACUUCAAGGUACCACUGUAUACACUAAUGUGGUUGAACUUUACCGGGCAAUCAUAUAUGCGUUGCAAAUCACAUACCAACGCUAAUCUGUACGUCCCAACAACACUCAGUGCAGCUCUGCCUACCUUUUGGCUUUGACAUGAUAGUACUCAUGUACAGAAAACAAUUUGCGCAUUUAUUCAAUAUCUUAUAUCUGCAUCUACCUAUAUCCAAUUUAAGAUUGUACUAGUAGGCCAAAAGUGGUACUAGUAAUGGAAAAGAAGAUUACUUGCAAGACAGUUGUUCUGCUAGUGCACUUAAUUGUCAUACUAAUGAGGACGAAGUGUGGACCUUAAACUGGAUAUCAAUAUUGAAUAAAUGCUCAAAUAAUUGACAAAACAAAAAAAUGCGAGUUGGCCCACUCUAGUUCUCAGUGGUUCAAUUAAUCGCUUCAUCUGGUGGAAAAAAAAAACACCUCUAAUUCAAGAGGUAAUUCAAAAUAUACAAAAUGUUUGAAACUGAAAACGUCAAAUUUAUUGUAAAUUUGAAUGUAUUUUGUGUCACUUUUGACAUGUCUACGGGUACGACAAAGACAACAGCUGCAGCAGCCUGUGGAUUUAAUGCAAAGCACUUAACCUUUCCUUGAAAGAAGGUAAAAUACAUCCAGGGAGAAAAGAUAAUAUACACUGUGUAAAACAAAAAAAAACAAAAAAAACAAUCAUUCCACAAUGAAUAUCAUCUUUUAAAGUUGGAACAAUAGCGAUAGGGAGUGUGUUGUUAUCUACAUUUUGUUAGCAAGAGAACAGUGAAAGCACAACAAAAGUUGGGUGAGUAUCUUUACUGUAUGGUACACUGUAAAAAAAAAUCUCAUCGAGAACGCAGUAGUCCACAUUGUCCAAAAAUAAAAAAUAAAA